GCAGAUUUCAGGAAGUAUACGCGAGGUCUGUGCAGAUUCUCCAAUAUUCUCCAAGCUGGACCGGUGAUUGGUUGUACACAGAUUCGGAUCUCCAUUAACCCUCAACGCAAGUGACGUGAACGUGACACAGUAGUCAGGAAUUGCUUAGCGUGUAGAUGGCAACUGCAUCGGAUAUUCAAAACCAAAACAUUUUUGAUCCAGGAGAGCACCAGCAUUUGCGCUACAACCCGCUGCGCGGCUCCUGGGUCCUCGUGUCCGCCCAUCGCAUGAAGAGGCCCUGGAAAGGGCAAGUGGAGAAACAAUCCGAGGACGAUGUGCCGCGACACGACCCCACCAAUCCGCUCUGCCCCGGUAACCGGAGGGCCAACGGGGAGGUGAACCCUGACUAUGACAGCACCUUCCUGUUUGAUAAUGACUUCCCCGCUCUCCAGCCAGAUGCCCCAGAUCCUGGUGUCCAGGAUCACCCUCUUUUUCAGACAAAAGCUGCCAGAGGCGUUUGCAAGGUGAUGUGUUUCCAUCCCUGGUCUGACAUCACCCUCCCCUUGAUGGAGCUCUGCGAUAUCAGAAAAGUGAUUGACAAGUGGGCGGAGCUCAUCGAGGAGCUGGGUGCUGACUACCCGUGGGUGCAGAUAUUUGAGAAUAAAGGAGCCAUGAUGGGAUGUUCGAACCCUCACCCGCACUGUCAGGUUUGGGCCAGCAGCUUCCUCCCAAACGAGCCGAGCCUCGCGGACCGCUUCCAGAGGGAGCACCUCAGGGAGCACGGGGAGGUCAUGCUGGUGCAGUACGCCAAGAUGGAGGCCGAGAGACGGGAGCGCGUGGUGGUGGAGAACGACGACUGGAUAGUCGUGGUCCCGUACUGGGCCACCUGGCCUUUCCAGACCCUGCUGCUUCCCCGAAGGCACGUGCUUCGCCUGUCGGACCUCACCGCGAGCGAAAGAGAGGGACUGGCAUCCAUAAUGAAAAGGCUCCUGACCAAAUAUGACAACCUCUUUGAGAUAUCCUUUUCCUACUCCAUGGGCUGGCAUGGGGCGCCCACUGGAGCCUUCCUGAAGGAGGACAUGGGGCACUGGCAGCUCCACGCGCACUACUACCCCCCGCUGCUGCGCUCGGCCACCGUGCGCAAGUUCAUGGUGGGGUACGAGAUGCUGGCGCUGGAGCAGAGGGACCUCACGCCAGAGCAGGCGGCGGGGAGAUUAAGGAGCCUGCCGGAGGACCACUACAAGGCCGGGGAGAGAAGAGGAGGAGGAGGAGGAGGAGGAGGAGGAGGAGGGACGGCCGGAGGAAAGGGGGAGUGAGCCGGGAUUACCCGAUGGACGGCGGAGAUAAGACGCGAGCUUCCCUCAGGGGGUCGCUCCGGCAAGAUAACAGCCGACCAACACGAUUAUCCCACGGACGGUAAAGAUAAAGACUUAACGAAGAACGUCGUGCGUUCUCCCAUUCGCCUGUCGAUUUGUUGUGAGCGAUGGGCUUUACACGGACAUACAUCUGAAAGGCAAAGUUCUUCUGUGGUACCGGGGUACCUUCCUGGGUGAGGCCCAUUUGACAUCCAUGUAAAUGAAGUGUGUAAUUACUAAGUUUCCCCCCGGGGAGACAUAUCCAGGGCAUUUUCACUGCCGCUGGGGGGAGAAGAUGUUGCAAGUGGGGUCGAGAGGGAAAAUAAAUUUCUGAAAUGUGUCACGGGUCACUGCGCGAGACUCAUUUUGGAAGGACAAAAUGCUGUGAGCUGGCAUGCCUCGAUCAUCAGCAAAAGAAACAAAAUGGCCGAACCUUCGAAUUUAUGCGGUAUUUUCGCACAGGCAAAAUCAAAAUGACAAUGCUGUUGCACCCCAUUUAAAUAUUAGUACAAUAAAAUCGACAAUGCUAAACAAA